ACUACCCAGAGUGCUAAGAGGCUAAGACUGAGAAGGCCCCCAUCCAUAUACCGUCCGGAGAGAACUGGGGUAGGGACAGGGGCAGAGAGACGCCUCCAGGGGCAGAGCCCCUGGAAGGCAAGGACCCCGAGGAGAUAGUUUCCCGUCCCAGACGGAGAGCGGCACCCAGAGUGAAACGAGGACAAACGGUCAGAGAACAACGCCCUCCAGAUAGCCUGGGACACGCCAGAGCGACCCUGGGGGCAUCACGGGCCGUGUCUGGGAGAGUGCGACCUCUCCUUCACUGGCGGCGAUGGGGACACGGGUCCUACAGGGCUUCCUCCUCCUCUUUUUCCCGCUGCUGCAGCCACACGGGGCCUCUGCGGAGAGCCUGAACAGUCCAGGCCUGUCCGAGUGCUUCCAGGUGAAUGGUGCCGACUACCGCGGCCACCAGAACCGCACCGGCCCGCGCGGGGCUGGCCGCCCGUGCCUUUUCUGGAACCAGACGCAGCAGCACAGCUACAGCAGCGCCAGCGACCCUCAGGGCCGCUGGGGGCUGGGCGCGCACAACUUCUGUCGUAACCCAGACGGCGACGUGCAGCCCUGGUGCUAUGUGGCUGAAACGGAGGAGGGCAUCUACUGGCGCUAUUGCGACAUUCCCACGUGUCACAUGCCAGGCUACCUGGGCUGUUUCGUGGACUCGGGAGCGCCCCCAGCCCUCAGCGGCCCCAGUGGCACUUCCACAAAGCUCACGGUCCAAGUGUGCCUUCGCUUCUGCCGUAUGAAGGGUUACCAGCUGGCAGGAGUGGAGGCUGGUUAUGCCUGCUUUUGUGGCACUGAGAGUGAUCUGGCCAGGGGACACCUGGCCCUAGCCACCGACUGUGACCAGAUCUGUUUUGGCCACCCGGGCCAGCUGUGCGGCGGUGAUGGGCGCCUGGGCAUCUAUGAAGUGUCCGUGGGCUCCUGCCAGGGGAACUGGACGGCGCCUCAGGGUGUCAUCUACUCCCCGGACUUCCCCGACGAGUAUGGACCUGACAGGAACUGCAGUUGGGUUCUGGGCCCGCCGGUCGCCGCGCUGGAGCUCACCUUCCGCCUCUUCGAACUGGCCGACCAGCGCGACCGACUGGAACUACGCGACGCUACCUCAGGCCGCCUGCUCCGCACCUUCGACGGCGCCCGCCCGCCGCCGCCUGGGCCGCUGCGCCUGCGCGCUGCCGCGCUGCUGCUCACCUUCCGUAGCGACGCACGCGGCCACGCGCAGGGGUUCGCGCUCACUUACCGCGGGCUGCCGGACACCAUGGAAGACCCGGCACCCCACAAGGGCUUGGCCCAAACCACCAAUGCACCCCCUGACGGGGCCAACGUGAGCUGCAGCCCCAGGCCCAGGGCUCCGCCGGUUGCGAUGGGAGCCCGGGUCUUCUCGACGGUGAUGGGUGUCUCAGUGCUGCUGCUGCUGUUCCUGUCGCUGCUGCGUCUUCUGCGCCGACGGAGCUGUCUGCUGGCUCCAGGAAAAGGGGCCCCGGCGCUGGGUCCUUCGGAGGGACACGGGAAAAGGUGGGCUGUGUGGUACCGUCCGCCCCAACAGGUGGCCCUGCCGUGCCCCCCUGGGGACUCUCAGGCUGAGGGUCCUGCCCCAAGCUACCGGCCCCUGAGUGCCUCCAGCCAGAGCUCCUUGCGCUCACUCAUCUCUGCUCUCUGAUUUGGACCCCGUUGGACCCUCCACCAGCAAGAUGGAUACCUGAGAUGCUAUGCCACACCCUACAUUGGCCUUCUGCCUCUUUAAGAGCAGUUUGGCCUCUGGUCAUCUUGGGAAAACCAGAAGUUGGACAGGAUGCAUCUGGAGCUAUUAUCAGGAACUUGGUCUGAUCCUCCAAGUUCAGAUGGUUGAGGGCAAAGGACAAGAAUCCAACCCCCUUCCCAUGGACCUUGAUGUGGUUUUAGAGGUCUUUGAGUCACUCUUGCGGCGGUCCUGGACUGAUGACCUCAGUGAGAAGUCAGAGAUCAAGAAAAUAGUCAAAAAGAUCCAACAGAAUGCAGGGUGAAGUGGCUCACACCUGUAAUCCUAGCACUGUGGGAGGUCAAGGUGGGUGGUUCACCUGAGCUCAGGACUUUGAGACCAUCCAGAGCAAGAGAGAGACCCCUGUCUCUAAAAAAUAGCCAGGUCUUUGUGUCAGGUGCCUAUAGUCUCAGCUACUGGGUAGGCCGAGGCUAGAGGAGCGCUUGAGCCCAAGAGUUUGAGGCUGCUCUAUUGAG